AUGCCCAACACGCCGCCCCCCGCCCUGCUCCCGCCCCCCGAGGGCAUCUUCCGGUCCUUUGAGGAUCUGAUGGCCUCGGUCCAGCGCGUCGCCAAAGACCAAGGAUACGGCAUCGUCAAGCUCCGCGCCUCCAACUACCGCGACGGCAAGCCGACCCGCUACGACCUCGUGUGCGAUCGCGGCGGCGUCAAGUACAACAGCACUGCCAAGAAGCGCAAUCCCUCUACGCGCAAGAUUGACUGCCCCUUCCGGGCCAAGGCCGUCUGCGAAGUCCAGCUGGGCAAUCAAUGGCGGUUUGCCCUGCAAGAGGCGCGCCACAACCAUGAGCCUCGCGUGGCCUCGGGAACGCCCGGCCAAGAGAACGCUCCGCUGGCGACAACCAUCCGGUCCUUUACCAACAAGCUGGAUCGCCUGAGCCACGACAUGGCACAGGGCCUGAUGCGCAUCGAGCAGCGUCUGGAGAAUAUUGAGAAGCGCAUGGAGAACCUCGAGGCCCGCGCGGGCGGCUACGAGCCUCGCUUCCAGACCAUUGAGUCGCGCAUUCAGGGUAUGGAGGGCCCGCGCAUGGACGGCAUGGGUAUGGACGAUGUCGAAUCACGCCUCCUGGCAUCCACGGUCAUGUAG